AGCCCCCAUUCUAUCCAUCCCCUCCCCACCUUUCUCCCCUCUCAUUAUUCUUCUAUUCUCUCUCGACUCUUCUCUCAUCAUGGGAAUUAGCCAGAACGGUGACCUCCCUCUCCUUUCCAUCCACGGUUUCAAGCCGUUGGAUCUCGACGAUUUAAGAGAACAAGUCCAUCAGACCAUGGACUUCAUCAUGGACUACUACAAGAAGGUAGAGUCCUUCCCUGUCCUCCCUUCCGUCCAGCCCGGCUACCUGCGUCACCUCCUCCCGGCCACCCCACCGGCCGAGCCCACCACUUUCGACGCCAUCCUCUGCGACCUCCACCGCGCCAUCCUCCCCGGCCUGACCCACUGGGCCAGCCCCAACUUCUUUGCGUAUUUCCCCGCUACCCUCAGCUCCGCCGCCCUCGCCGGCGAUCUCCUCGCCUCUGCCUUCAACCCCGUCGCCUUCACCUGGCUCUCCUCCCCCGCAGCCACCGAGCUCGAGUCCCUCGUCCUCGACUGGCUCGCGCACCUCCUCCGCCUCCCCUCCUGCUUUCUCUCCUCCUCAGCCUCCGCGGCCACCCGCGGCGGAGGAGUCCUCCACAACACCACCAGCGAGGCCAUGCUCUGUACACUAGUCGCUGCCCGCGACGCCGCCCUCCGCCGAUCCGGCGGCUUCGCGGCCGCCAUCUCCCGCCUCGUCGCCUACGGCUCCGACCAGACCCACUCCACGUUCUUCAAAGCAUGCAGGAUCGCCGGGUUCGAUCCAGCCAACGUCAGGUCCGUUCCGACCCGGUCCGAGUCGGAUUUCUCCCUCGAACCGGCACGCCUCCGCGCUGCCAUGGCCGCCGACGCGGCAGCCGGGCUCGUACCCGCCUACGUCUGCGCCACCGUGGGGACUACGUCGUCGACAGCGGUGGACCCGGUGGGGCCCAUCUCAGAGGUGGCAGCCGAGUUCGGGGCCUGGGUCCACGUGGACGCGGCGUACGCGGGUAGCGCGUGCGUCUGCCCGGAGUUCCGCCAGUACCUGGACGGCGUCGAGCGGGCAAACUCGGUCAGCUUCAGCCCCCACAAAUGGCUCCUCACAUGCCUCGACUGCACGUGCCUCUGGGUCCGCGACACGCGCCUUCUCACCGGUCCACUGGGGACCGACCCGGAGUACCUAAAGAACGGUCCAAGCGAGUCCGGGUCGGUUGUGGAUCUCAAGGACCUCCAGGUGGGCGUGGGCCGUCGAUUCCGUUCUCUGAAGCUGUGGAUGGUUAUCCGUACCUACGGUGUCGCGAAUCUCCAGGCCCACAUCCGGAGCGACGUGGAGAUGGCCCGGCGGUUCGAGGGGAUGGUCCGGUCUGAUAGGCGGUUCGAGGUGGUGGUUCCGAGGCGGUUCGCUUUGGUCUGUUUCCGGCUUAUGCCACGUGGCGGGAUGGUAGAGGCCCAGGCGGACAAAGAGAACCGGAGGCUCUUGGAGAUGAUCAACGCGAGCGGGAGGGCGUACAUCACGCACACGGUGGUGGGCAGGAUGUACGUUCUCCGGUUCGCCGUAGGGUCGACGCUCACGGAGGAGCGCCACGUGGCGUCUGCAUGGGAGCUGAUUAAAAAGAAGGCCGAUGAGCUACUGGGUGUUGAAGUCAGCCCAGUUCCCAAUAUUUAAAGAUUUAAUUGCAUCGCAUCCUUCGUGGAGUUUUGUGAGUGGAAAUUUGCAUGCUAGCAAUCAGAACCCGAAGUUCUCUGCCAAUAAUUCCCAUGCAACAAAUUUAAAUAAAUAAAUGACAGUCUCCAUUGAUCUCCAUGAAUAGUUUACAAGGGCAAAAAAAAAAAGAAAAAGACUGCAAAUGUGUACUCAAUAAUCUCUGCAAAAUGGGUGCAGAGAUAUUUUUUAGCACCAUACAAUAUUGUCAGUGGUUUAUUAGGAGCAAAACUAUCAACUUUGUUCUGA